UGCCGAACAACCAUCAGCCAUUGAGCCGACUCGACCACCCAUUCACAACACGUUCUGUAGGAAUCUCUGUAUGGCUAUGAAUAUCAGACUCUCCGGUCUCGUUGCUUCAGGAGGCCUUAAGGUCUUUAACACAGCCUCCACAACCAGGCACGGCAUACGUGUAAUUGCACGAUCAUUCUCCGAUACACGCAUCCUGGCCCAGGCAGAUGUCACGACACCAAGCCAUGGAUUCUCGAAUGGUCAAAAUCUUGGAAGUAUCUCGCUGAAGAGAAACGGUAUCUACCUUGACACGAGACUACGUAUCACGCCUUUUACAGAUCUCGAGGUCAAAGAACGUCCAAACAGUGAAUCUCUGCGCUGGGAUGGAGACAGGCUAUAUUUUGAAAAUGCCGAAGGUGAAGAACGCACAUAUGUCUCGAACAUGUGGUUAAGAGACCAGUGCCCAUGUCACGAGUGUGUGCAUCCUGUGACUCGACAGAGGCAGCUUGAUACUUUCUCGAUUGAUCCCAACGUUAAGCCUUCGAGCCUGAACAUUCAGACUCAAGCCAAACAGACUAUACAAAUUGGAUGGCAAGAUGGACAUCAGAGCGAAUACCCGCUAAAGCUGCUCCGUAAGGGCAGACCAACUCAUACCACUGUGAAGCGAAGAGGCCUUGUUGAGCAAAUCAUGUUUGACAAGACCAUCGCAGCCACUCCACCAACAGUCGAUUACAAAGACAUCAUGGAAGCAGAUGGUAUCGCCGAAUGGACUCGUCAGAUUAACGUGCACGGACUGUCAUUCGUGAAGAACUGCCCAAUUGAUCCUGAUGCAACACGGAAGUUGUUGGAAAAGAUUGGGCCCAUCCGCGAAACUCAUUACGGUGGUUUCUACGAUUUCACAUCAAACAUGGCAAGCAAAGAUACCGCUUACACAUCUCUGGCACUCGAGUCGCAUACAGACACUACAUACUUCUCAGAGCCGGCAGGACUCCAGAUGUUCCAUAUGCUUUCUCACACGGGUGGAUCCGGUGGUGAGUCCCUGCUUGUUGACGGGUUUGCAGCAGCGAGACAGCUUUACGCCGAAGACAAGGAGGCAUACAAGAUACUCAGCACAAUCGGCAUCUGGGCGCACGCAAGCGGAAACGAGGACGUCAGUAUCCAGCCAUACGUAUGCUUCCCUGUACUUUCUCAUGAUCCCAUCAUGGGACACUUGAUACAAGUGCGUUGGAAUAAUUCAGACCGAGCUGCGAUUGAAGCGCCAAGCGACAUGAUAGAUAAGUGGUAUGAGGCUGCCAGAAAGUUCAACGGUAUCCUAAAUGAUGCGCAAAACCAGUAUUGGACACAGCUAGAGCCAGGAAUGCCAUUGAUUUUCGAUAACUGGCGAGUAUUGCAUGGAAGAAGCGUCUUCAGCGGCAAGAGACGAAUGGCCGGAGGUUACAUCAAUCGGGAUGAUUUCAUCUCCAAGUACAAGUUGACAAAUGCAGGCAGAGAAGAAGUUCUCGAAGCAACUGUCACAGGUUGAAUGCUGAGUGUCGUUUGUUUUGUCAAAACAAUGAGGGACCAAGAUGGGUUCUGGUUGGAAACAUGUCUAGCCUCCUGAGCUUGGCGAUACAGGGUA